AUGGAUUCAUGGUCUCUGUCUUGGUUUUUGUUCCUGGGCAACCUUCUCAUGGUUGCUGGCUGGCCAGUUCAAGAAAACUUUGAUAUAGAUGGUGGAACUGAGCAGGACAUUUUCAAUAUCAAUGAAGAUUUGCAUCUGGAUCUUUUUGAGGGAGACAUCAAACUUGAUGGGGCACAGGACAGAAAUUCUAUUAUUGGAGAUACAUACAGAUGGCCUCACGUCAUUCCAUAUGUUCUAGAGGAUAGCUUGGGUGUGAAUGCUAAAGCGGUUAUCCUCCAGGCAUUUGAUCGCUAUCGCCUGAAAACAUGCCUUGACUUCAAGCCUUGGUCUGGGGAAGAUAACUAUAUAGCAUUUUUCAAGGGCACCGGCUGCUGGUCCUCGAUAGGAAACAGGCGUGAGGGGAAGCAGCAACUUUCCAUUGGGAACAAUUGUGACAGGAUAGGAACCGUGCAGCAUGAGCUCUUGCACGCGCUGGGAUUCUGGCAUGAGCAGUCUCGUUCUGAUCGGGAUGACUAUAUCCAGAUAAUGUGGAACAGAAUUAAACCAGGUCGAGAGCACAAUUUUAAUAUUCAUAAUGACAAAGAAUCAGAUUUCCUGAAUGUUCCCUACGAUUACUUUUCUGUAAUGCACUACAGUAAAAUUGCAUUCAAAAGUGGACAAGACCCUACAAUUAUAACAAAGAUGGCAGGCUUUGAGGAUCUGAUUGGUCAACGCAUGGAUUUCAGUGACUAUGAUCUCCAAAAGUUGAAUCGACUGUAUAACUGCUCCUCUUCCUUGAGUUUUAUGGACUCAUGCAAUUUUGAACUGGAAAACAUAUGUGGAAUGAUACAAAGUUCAGAAGAUAAGACUGACUGGAAGCGAGUUUCAAAUGUUUCUGGGGGUCCAAAGACUGAUUAUUCCAACAUGGGAAAGUGUAAAGGUUCUGGUUUCUUCAUGCAUUUUAACAGUAGCUCUGUGAGUGAGGGGGACACAGCAGUGAUGGAAACUAGGAUGCUGUACCCUAAAAGAGAAUUUCAAUGCUUGGAAUUUUAUUUGCAUAACAGUGGAAGUACAAAUGACUACCUGAACAUAUACGUCAGGAAUUAUGCUGCAGAUGAUGUAAGUGGUCAUCGGAUCCUUGUGAAACAAAUAAAAGAAAUACCCAUUGGGAUCUGGAAACUUUACUACAUACCACUGAAAAUGGUCAACAAAUUUAGAGUGGUGUUUGAAGGACUCAGGGGCUCUGGUGCAUCAUCAGGUGGUCUGUCUAUUGAUGACAUCAAUCUUUCGGAAACACAGUGCCCUGAACAUGUGUGGCACAUAAGGAAUUUCGAAGAGACCAUUGACAAAGAAAAUGGAAUUCUAUUAAGCCCUCCAUUUUAUUCUCCUAAAGGUUAUGCUUUUCAGAUUCAAUUCAGUCUAAAACCUUCGACAGAUGCACAGAUAUAUCUCCACUUGGUCUCUGGAGGCAAUGAUGAUUAUUUAAAGUGGCCAUGUCCUUGGCAACAAAUCACGAUGACACUCUUGGAUCAAAAUUCUGACAUUCGACGGCGUAUGUCCAACCAGCUGAGUGUAACUACAGACCCAUUUCUGCUUGAUGAUACAAAGUAUUUUUGGGACAGGCCUUCUAAAGUGGGAACACAGACCGUUUACCCUAAUGGAACUGAGUAUAUGAUGAACAAAGGCUAUGGGAGCAGUGUCUUCAUAAGCCAUAGCAGGCUGCACAGCAGAGAGUUCAUAAAAGGAAAUGAUGUUUAUAUCCUAAUGACAACGAAUGACCGAUCUGACCUCACUCAAACACCGGAUCAGAGUAACCCAACCUCUGAUCCCAAUGACCUCUGCUCAGUAGUCGUAUGUGAAAAUGGUGGCAUAUGCUCCGUCCAGGAUGGCAAGGCCGAGUGCUGGUGUCCUUCUGGGGAAGACUGGUGGUACAUGGGAGAAAGGUGUGAGAAGAGAGGUUCAACCCGUGACACCAUUGUCAUUGCUGUUUCUUCCACCGCUGCUGUGUUUGUCCUGAUGCUGAUAGUUACCCUCAUCAGUGUCUACUGUACCCGGAGGAGAUAUCGCCAAAGGCCAAAUUCAAAUAUUGCGAAUAUCACUCUGGAAAAUGUAAGUUGA